UUCAGAAAGUCAUUUUGCGCGUGCAAUUGUAGUUUAUUUUACUUCGAACUUGUAAUUGGUUCUUUUGUCUUUGUAUUGUUCGAUUACGAUUUCUUAUGUAAGUGCCGUAUGACUUACUAAUAAUGAAUUUUAAUCUCCCCCUUCAAAAAAAAAUAAAAAUAAAAAUAAAAAUAAAAUGGCAAGACAAGAUCUUACGAGAGUUUAAACUCGAUUUUAAGUUUAUACGCUCUCUCAAAUACGAGUAAAAAAAAAGGGUUACCCCGUAAUAAAAAUCCCCCAAAUAGUCGUAGGAAAAGGAGUGUUAGAACUUUAGAGGUUUUGACAAACUCCUCAUCACAUCAUAAGUGCGGAAUCUUCCCCCUUUUCUCCCCCCGAAAACACAAACUCCUCAAACCCAAAAACCCUAAUUUGAAGAACUCGCUCCUUUUUUCAGAGGAGAGAGAAAAUGGAUGCGAUUCGGAAGCAAUUAGAUGUGUUAAUGGGUGCUAAUCGUAAUGGAGAUGUUACUGAAGUUAAUCGCAAGUAUUUCGAUCGAGAUGUUUGCCGUCUCUUUUUGUCUGGUCUUUGUCCUCACGAACUUUUCCAGUUAACGAAAAUGGAUAUGGGGCCAUGUCCAAAGGUGCAUUCGUUGCAAUUACGGAAAGAAUAUGAAGAUGCAAAGGCCAAGGGUGUUGAUAACUACGACAGGGAUUUAGAGGAUGUCAUAGACAGGCUCAUUGUAGAAUGUGACAGAAAAAUUACUAGAGCUCUCAAGCGUCUUGCAGAUGAGGAUGCUAAAGCUGCUAUUGCAAUUUCUGUGUCUGAUGUUACCCAGACAGAAGAGAUCAUAGAGUUGUCCAAGCAGAUCAAAGAGAAGUUGAAAGAAGCUGACCAGUCGGAUCUUGAAGGCAAAACAGAUCUUAAAAUUCGAGCUUUGGAAGAAGUUGAAGAAUUAAGGACGUCAAGAGCUGAUAAACAGUCUAUGCUUCUUUUGGACGCUUUCAACAAAGACAGAGCCUCUCUACCGCAGCCACUUCCCAAUCCUCCUCCAUUGGCUCCUUUACCUAUGCUUGCUCCUGAUGCUCGUACUCAAGAAUUGAUAAACGAGAAACUGAAGAAAGCAGAGGAUCUAGGUGAGCAAGGGAUGGUUGAUGAAGCACAGAAAGCAUUAGAGGAAGCUGAAGCGUUAAAGAGGCUUGCGCCAAGGCCGGACCCCUCAGCAGAUCCAGCAAAGUAUACUGCCGCUGAUGUUCGCAUUACUGAUCAGAAGCUACGUGUCUGUGAUAUUUGUGGAGCAUUCUUGAGUGUUUAUGAUAGUGAUCGUCGUUUAGCAGAUCAUUUUGGGGGAAAGCUUCAUUUGGGAUACAUGCAAAUUCGUGAGAAAUUAGCUGAGCUUCAGGAAGAAAAAAACAAGAAGCGCAAGGUUCAUGAAGAAGAUAGAAGGUCUAGAGAGCGCAGCCGUGAAGUAGAACGUGCACCCAGUAAGGACAGGGAAAGAGGUGAUAGUCAGCAUAGGGAUUAUGACCGGAGAAGCAGGGACCGUGAUAGGCACAGUGACAGGGAUCGUGUUUAUGACCGUGAACGUGAAAGAGAUAGGGAGCGAUCCCGCAGUCAUGAUUCAAGAAGUCGCCGAAGGUCUCGUUCACGGUCCAGAGAACGUUCCAGGGAUUACGGCCGUGACUAUGAUCGUAGCAGGCGUCAUGACCGAGAUAGAUACUAGAGCUUCAUGUACUGCAUUGUCAGCAUGAACAAGUUUACCUUUGCUGCGUAAAAUUAUGUGUUUUUUUUUUUCAUCUUUCUUUGAGACAAAGUACUCGGGAGUAUUCAGGUUGUGGACUUCGCGUUUCUUCAUCACUUAGGUUGGUUUUUCGAACGAAUGAGAUGCUUAUUUUGCUAGUUGAAGAAAGAGUACGGUAAUUUUCCCGUGUAAUAGCUUAGGAUGUAUGAAAAGAAAAUCUUGAUUAUGGUGAGAUGGAUGCUCUGCUUAACCUCU